AUGCAAGCCCCACCUGGACGUCAGUCUCAGACAGCUACAAUCUUCGAUCUACCACCAGAGUUGAUUGACAGAGUCGCAACUUAUUUGGACCUCGGGGAGAUCAAAAGGGCCCGUUUUCGUCUCAACAACCCCCGUUUCGCCACCCAUGUCAAGAAAUUGACGGUUACCGCUGACGGCUACAGCGGGCUCUGGUAUUACGGGGAGGGUCUAGCCUGGCGCCGCCUGAAAGUGCCCAUUUCCGCAAGUGAAACCGGGCUCUGGCACUAUGGCGAGGGUCAAGCGUCGCGCCGUUCCGAAUUGGACAACGCACAUUCUUCCCGGGUAGGACGUCUUGUCAAUGAACAGGAGUCAAUCGAACGCUGGCAAGACGUGAUUGAGAAAUUCAAGAACUGCUCUUCCUUUAGCAUCAGGGAGCCCACGAACAGGAUGCUGUUUGACCCCGAUUUAUCCGACUAUGGCUCCGGAUAUGGAUUGUGGCUUGAAAUAGACAAUGCCCGGCGUGUUCGACGCGACCUAGCAAAGCAGCAUUAUAGUAGUAGUAGUGAUAUUUAA